UCUGUUCAAGUUGGAAGAAGGAAGGACCAUAUUUCCAUCAUUUCAUCAUCUUCUCUAGUCGAAUCGAAACUACAGACUCAGCCAGAACACACAGUUGCUCCAGCCAGUAAUGGAAGGAUACAGUGCCACAAAUGAUAUAAGAGGCCUCGAUGGCGCAGCUGAUUUUGGGAUUAUUGAGUCUCCCAACUCAGACGAUGUCAACUGGAGCAACGCGGCCCAAGGCCAAGGUGGUGAAAGAGGAAAGAAACCCCAAGGUGAAGGUCACAAGAUUUAUAACAAAACAAUUACCGCACUAAAUGGAGAGUCAUAUGUUGGGAGUUUCGGCUUUCACAACUUAGUUGUCGACUUCAGCAAUGGCGGCCAAGGGCAAGGUAGCCGUGAGUCCGAAGAUAACUGUCACAACAUUCGUCAUAAUAAAAUUACUGCAGAUAAUAGAUCCACAAAAGUUGGGUUUGAAAACUUUGGCAACGUCAACUACAACUGCAAGACUACUAGUACUAAAGAUCACGGCAAAGCAGCAGGGGGCAAAGCAGUAGGGGGCUCGAGCAGGAGCCAAGCCAAUAUUCUCAAAAAUAAUAUUACAGCACGCAAUGGAUCCUCAAAUGUUGGGAUGUUCAACUUUCACAACGUCUACAUCAAUGGCGACCAAGGUCAAGGUGGCUUCUUGAAACACAAAGGUAUCAGUCACAACAUUAAGGAAAAUACUAUUAUAGCAGUUAAUUCCCGAAGAGUUGGGAUACAAGACUUUGGCAGCAUCAAAUACAACUGCGGGAGUAUUAUAAGUAGAUUCUUGCAUUUUUUCGGCAUAUGAUAUUAAUUCCAGAAUUUCUUUAGCCAUGUGUGGAUAUACCAUAUGAGAAUUUGAUGUUGCCAUUGGACUCCUCCGCAUUUGUAUAAAUUCUUUGUAGUUAUUGUAAAACCUAUUAGACGGCGUACAUGAGUAAAACUUUCUAUUCUCCA